GGUCGGUAUUUAACUACAAGUGCCUCAACAAUCAACAUGUCGGUCAACCGUAUGUCGCAGGUUCUCUUGUCGCGCGUGUCACACGCAAUUCGAAAGCCACUACAAUUUGUCCCACCUGCCAUUAGGUAUUAUUCUUGUCCAGCUGGCAAUUAUGAAUUCAUUAAGGUUGAGACAGUGGGUGAAAAGAAAAAUAUAGGUCUUCUCACCCUGAACAGGCCUAAGGCCCUAAAUGCUUUGUGCAAUUCAUUAAUGAGUGAGGUGAAUCACGCUGUGGACCACUUUAACGAAGAUUCAUCUAUCGGUGCUAUCGUCAUUACCGGAAGUGAAAGGGCAUUCGCUGCUGGUGCCGAUAUCAAGGAAAUGAGUAACAAUACAUUCGCGACAAAUCUCAAAACUAAUUUUAUAAGUCACUGGGAGAGUGUUGCAAAAAGCAAAAAACCAAUAAUCGCGGCUGUGAAUGGUUAUGCCCUGGGCGGCGGUAAUGAACUCGCGAUGAUGUGCGAUAUUAUUUACGCCGGCGACAAAGCAAAGUUCGGCCAGCCUGAAAUUGCCAUCGGUACGAUUCCAGGAGCGGGCGGUACUCAGAGAUUAACCAGGGUUGUCGGGAAGAGCAAGGCUAUGGAAAUUGUGCUUUCUGGCAAUCAGAUCACCGCAGAGGAAGCUGAGAGAAGCGGUUUGGUUAGCAGGGUUUUCCCAGCUGAUAAGCUCCUAGAAGAAACAAUAAAAUUGGGCGAAAAAAUCGCCUCUCACUCGCCGAUAGUUGUUGCGAUUGCCAAAGAAUCCGUUAAUGCCGCAUAUGAAACUACAUUGCAACAAGGACUUCUAUUUGAGAAGAGACUAUUCCAUAGCACUUUUUCUCUGGCGGACAGAAAGGAAGGAAUGGCAGCUUUCAUGGAAAAACGCUCGCCGAAAUUUACGAAUGAGUAAAUCUCGACGAUCACGUGUCAAAGGAGAGAGGGAGCGAACAUUCACUAAUAUUUUUCUAAAUACUUUUAUACCGCGUUAUUGUAAAACGAACCUUUAACUAAUACGUCUUAUUUUUUUAUCUUUAUACGAUUCGUAAGAUUGCCACUUGUUAGUUAAGGGUCAAACGUGAGGUAUUAUUUGUUACAUUUGUUAUAAGAUAAAUAUUGCAAUAAACUUUCUUUUACAAGAAA